GGUUUUCUCUCUCUUAAACGGGAAGUAAUCGUCUUAUAAACUCUCUCUCUCUCUGUACCUUCCCUCUAAAUUUGUAGACUCAAAUAUCUUUUCCUCUGAGACUCUCCUCAUUGUCUCUCUCUCCUCAACCGCCCUCUCUCUCUCUCUAGGCCUCGAAGGUCCGGCAAUGGUGGUUGUCUACAGUGAGCAUCUUAGUAUUGAGGCCACUAUCGUAUUCCGUACGUAGUCCGUACACAACCGGUAUUCAUAACUCGUAUAAAUGGCCACCCAUCCUCUCUCUCUCUCUCUAUCUCUUUCCCAUUUCGCCAUUGCCUUUGCAUGUUUCACCAAACCAAACCCAUCCAUCUCUCCUCUCUCUCUCUCUCUGCCUUGUUCAUGACAAUGCAAUCCAAUUCACCCCAUCUCACCAUUCUCUGCAACUCUAUCUAGCAUCAUCAACCCAUGCAUCACCAUACAUGCCAUACUGGUAAUGCUCCUUGGUCUUCUUGGUCUUGGUCUUGGUCUUCUUCCACUCUCUCUCUCUAGUCCAGAUACUCUGCUUAAUUCUCUCUCUAGAUACCCCAUCUGUUAGUUUCUGAACUUUGCCAUGAAACCCACAAGACAAGAAGAGAUGGAAUUCGAUAACCUCUUGGAUGAGAUCCCCCAUGCAACAUCGUCAUCAUCAUCAUCUCUCCAUCACCAUUUUCUCUAUACCCAUCAUCCUAAACACCAUCAUGGCAUGCCUGUCAAUGGUCCUGAUGAUAAUGAAAACUCUCGUGUGUCUAAGGAAGAUGGUUGCAGGGAUGGUUCGUCAUCCGUCCAUGACAUGAUGUACGAUGAGUUUUUCUUUCAUGGAUAUGGUGGAAUUAGGCACCAUCAACCCGUAUCCCCUGUUAAGAACACCUCAUUGAGGUCGUUUGGUUCGUCGUCGAGUUCUCUCACCUCUUUCUAUGGUGGAUUAUCAGGAGAUGGGUCCUGUGGUGAGAGCUCUCCUCCCCUGUAUGAAGAUGCUAGGUCCAGGAGUUUGGUGAGAAAUCUCAAUGGCUUCGUGAGAGGAGAGAGAGAGAACGGUGCCCAAAUUCAUAAACAGAGUGGUCUUGUAACUUAUGAUAGAGAAACUAAAUUUGGGAGAGAAAGUAAUGCACAGGCCCUUGAUCAGAAUGGGUUUCUAUCGGAUGAGAGAGAAACUAAUACCCCAAUUCAUCAGAAUGGGUUGCUCUUGCCAGUACAUGAUAAUUUAACAGAUGAACUCAUAUUAAACAACGCUUUCUCUCAAAUGUGUUUGAAUGAUGAGAAGCUGGAUGGAUCGAGGAGAGAGAGUAACCUUUAUUCUCACAGUUUCGAUCCAUCGAUUGAUGCCUACUCGACUGUGUUUAGUCCAAACAAUGGAAUUCCUUCUUCAAGUCCAUAUCCUAGACCUUUUGAUCUCAAUGGGUUCAGAUUGAACCAGAGGUCACAUUUGAGUAACAACCAUUGGGACCAAAUUUCACCUUUCUCAUACCCUCAAGGAACUGGUAAUGUGGUCAUGAAGAACUCUGUUCAAGUCCCUGAAUCGUUGGUGGAAAGUCCAGUGAGAUAUUCCAAUGGUUUUGAGGGGUUACAGUACCCAAUUCCACUUGGUCUUCCAGUUCAUGGAAAUGAUAUUAGGCCAGUUUUACCUCUUUUACAACAAAAGCAACUGCUGCAAAAUCAAAUGGGUGGUUUAAAUGGGUCCUAUGAUCAAUCUUCUCAGCUUUUUGAUGGGCCAUUAUCGUAUAGACCAGAGCUUCAUCAUCACUUGCCAUGGCAGCGAAAUGUGCAGCAACUUAAUACAGGUAUCAGUGAACAACAUAUCAUGUUGCAAGGCGCCCCAUCUUUGAUGGGUUCUCAAUUGUAUGGGGAGCCAUUUUUUGAUGGAAAAUUUAAUGGGAGAAAGGAAAUUCGAUGUCCUGUUUCACUCUCAGCCAUGGAAAGGCCUGUUAAAACCAAUGGGUUUCUCCAUAGCUAUGGAGAGUGGAGCCCAGGAAACCCAUGUAGUGUAUCAGGGCUUUCAUCACCAAUAACAAAUUCUGAUAUUCCAUUGCCUCUCUAUAAUUCUUUCAUGGUUAAUGGAAGAAGCAGCAAUGGCAGGUCUCCCAUUCACUUACAUCCUGAAAACAAUGGCUGGCUUUCUCCUCAAGCUCUAUCUCCCCUUCAAAAUGGUGAUUUAUUGCAAGAUAACCACUUAGUCUUAAAGGGAUGUUAUAAGAGAAACCAGUCCCCUGUAUUGAAUUCACCCCGUAAUGGUUCUGCUCCUCAUAGUAGCCAAGAAAGGGAAAACCAGAGGGUUAUCAGGGGUCACCUAAAUGAGAACCGCUCUUGUUCUUUAAGGUCUGAUACCUCUGAGCUAAUUGGCAGUCUUCCUUUGAGAUAUGCCGCUUCUACUAACACUGAAAUUGCUUCUCUCUCGAAGCUCAUUUGCCCUGCAAUUUUGCCCCCUAAAUAUGGAUCAGUGAGAGAAAUAGAAGGGCAGGUCUACUUAGUUGCCAGGGAUCAACAUGGGUGUCGGUUUUUGCAGCAAAAAUUUGAUGAGGGAAUUCCUCAAGAAAUGGAGUUGAUAUUUAAGGAGAUAAUUGAGCAUAUCCCUGAGCUUAUGGUUGAUCCUUUUGGCAACUAUCUUAUGCAAAAGCUUUUGGAAGUGUGCACUGAAGAGCAAAGAAUGCAAAUUAUCCAUGUGGUCACUGGGACUCCUGGCGAGCUCGUUGAGAUCUCGCUAAAUAUGCAUGGCACACGUGUCGUUCAGAAGUUGGUAGAGACUCUUAAAACUCCAUGCCAAAUUUCAAUGGUUGUCUCUGCUCUUGAACCGGGGAUCGUGACUCUAAUUAAAGACUUGAAUGGAAAUCAUGUCGUGCAGCGUUGCUUGGAAUGCCUCAGCAAUGAAGAUAACAAGUUCCUUUACGAUGCUACUAGGAAUAAUUGUGUUGAUAUUGCUACACAUCGCCAUGGAUGUUGUGUUAUACAACGUUGCGUGCAUCACUCAUCUGGGGCUCAUCGACAUAACUUAAUUGCAGAAAUAACUGCCAAGGGACUCAUUCUUUCUCAAGAUGCAUUUGGGAACUAUGUGAUUCAAUAUAUCUUAGAACAGGGGAUUCCAUGGGCCACUGCCGACAUAAUUUCUCAACUGGAAGGGCAUUAUGUAGAUCUCUCAAUGCAGAAAUUCAGUAGUAACGUAGUGGAGAAGUGUCUUAAGUUGUGUGGCGAAGAAACACGCUCGAGAAUUAUAUACGAGAUGGUUUCAAGUUCUCAUUUUGAAAAAUUGCUGCAAGAUCCCUAUGCAAACUAUGUUGUACAAUCUGCACUAACUGUGUCCAAGGGGUCAGUCCAUGCUGAACUGGUUGAAGUGAUUCGGCCCCAUGUAUCCAUUUUAAGGAGCAGCCCAUUUGGAAAGCGGAUUCUUUCGAGGACCAAUUUGAAAAAAUGAUACAUUUAGUUCGUUUUGAUGAAAAGCCAGAUUUUGUCUGUCCUCACAUGGCUGCUGUUUUGUUGUAUGAUCUAAUAGAUACCUCAAUUGUAUGUGUCUGAUUAUCCAAGUACAUAUGGGUUGGUUUCAUUGGUAUAGCAAGCCUGAGUUAUAGAGUGUAAAAAAAGAAAAAGAAAAAGAGAAAUUUUGCAUCCAGAUGCUCAAGCAAAUGGGAUUUAUGAAUAUCUUAUUAGGUUUUCAUUUCGGGUCCGGCUUUGCCGAAUCAUUGUAUAUUUUUACAGUAAAGGUUGUCGAGAAUGCGAAUGUAAUUUGAUCUGAACAUCUGUUUUUAUGUGAAGCAUAUAGGAAAUGUCAAAUCCAAGUUUCAAUUGUUCAA